UCUCCCACCUCCCGAAUGCAGAUUAACAGGCAUGCCAAAAGAAAAAUAUGAUCCUCCAGACCCACGCAGGUUAUACACCAUCAUGUCAGCCGAGGAGGCGGCCAGUGGGAAGAAGUCACACUGGACCGAGUUGGAGAUUUCUGGGCGGGUCAGAAGCCUGAGCAGUUCACUAUGGACGCUGACCCAUUUGACUGCUCUGCACAUCAAUAACAACAACCUUAGCCGGAUCCCUCCUGAAAUCGCAAAGCUACCCCAUCUUGUCUACCUGAACCUGUCUUCCAACAAACUGCGCAGCCUGCCAGCAGAACUCGGCAACAUGGUGACUCUCAGGGAAUUGCUUUUGAACAACAAUUGUUUACGAGUUUUGCCUUAUGAACUUGGUCGGCUGUUCCAGUUGCAAAUCCUUGGUCUUAAAGGUAAUCCAUUGUCCCAGGAUAUACUCAACCUUUAUCAGGAGCCUGAUGGAACAAGAAAGUUAUUGAAUUACAUGCUUGACAAUCUAGCAGUCCACCCAGAACAACUCCCCCAAAGACCUUGGAUCACUUUGAAGGAGCGAGACCAAAUGAUGUCAACAGCUGUGUUCACAGUUAUGUGCUACAAUGUAUUGUGUGACAAGUAUGCAACAAGGCAGCUGUAUGGCUACUGUCCCACUUGGGCGCUUAACUGGGAAUACAGGAAGAAAGGCAUCAUGGAAGAGAUCACUAACUGUGACGCUGACAUCAUCAGCCUGCAGGAGGUGGAAACAGAGCAGUACUACACUUUCUUUCUGGAAACAUUGAAAGAGCGUGGAUAUGAUGGCUUUUUCUGUCCAAAGUCUCGUGCCAAACUUGUAUCAGAACAGGAGAGAAAACAUGUGGAUGGCUGUGCUGUGUUCUUCAAGCCUGAGAAAUUUGCUCUGGUGCAGAAACACACAGUGGAGUUCAACCAGGUUGCCAUGGCAAACUCAGAGGGCUCGGAGGUCAUGCUUAACAGAGUCAUGACCAAAGAUAACAUAGGAGUAGCUGUCCUGUUAGAGGUGAAAAAAGACCUGUUUUCUAGUGAUUUAAAGCAGCCUCCAGAGAAACAACUCCUGCUGGUAGCUAAUGCCCACAUGCACUGGGAUCCAGAGUACUCUGAUGUGAAGCUCAUCCAGACCGUGAUGUUCCUGUCUGAGCUGAAGAGCAUCGCUGAGAGGGCCUCAGGCUCCAUUAACUCCUCACCCACUUCAGACACCAGCUUCAUUCCUAUUGUCCUGUGUGCUGACCUCAACUCUCUCCCAGACUCUGGUGUAGUGGAGUAUCUCAGCAAUGGUGGAGUUGCAGAAAAUCACAAAGACUUUAAGGAACUACGCUACAGCGAUUGUUUAACCAACUUCAGUUGCAACAGCAAAAACGGCAAGCCCGAUGGCAGUGUCACACACAGUUUCCAGCUGAAGAGCGCCUACGAGGGGAAUCUGAUUCCCUACACCAACUACACUUAUGACUUCAAAGGUGUGAUUGACUACAUUUUCUUCUGUAAGACACACAUGAGCGUUCUGGGUGUUCUGGGUCCUCUAGAGACUCAGUGGCUGAAGGACAACAGCAUAACCGGCUGCCCCCACCCACACAUCCCGUCCGAUCACUUUUCCCUCCUGGCUCAGCUGGAGUACCACCCACCUUUGUCCUCCCUCAACAGGUUGCAUCUGCCUGUCCACAGUACUGCCUGUGAAAGCAAGACGCUUACAGAAUGAGCCAGCAGCACCAGCAUUCCAGCACCCUUUCAUCCAUUUAUCCAUUCAUCCAUCUCUUCACCGGAGAGACAUGAUGUCUUCUAAAGUUGCUGUUAUCCACUUUUAAUAUUCUUAUGGGGAAAAUAAAUUAUGUGGUUUACCAGUGCUGCUAAUCAAAUCA